GGGUCCUGACGGGUCCUUCAGCCCUGAGCUGCUCCUCCAGUCUCCUUCCGUUAGCCGACAACCGGUUACAGAAAACCGACAAAUUCACCGUAAAUCCUGCUCAAACGGACCGGGUCCCGGGAGUUAUGAUGGGCGGGAGGACCAGCGCGUUGGCCGCGGGGGUGUGCGGGGCUCUGUUCGUCGGUUACUGCAUUUAUUUCGACAGAAAACGGCGGAGUGACCCCAACUUUAAGAACAGGCUGCGGGAACGGAGGAGAAAGCAAAAGGUAGCCAAAGACAGGGCCGGCAUCGCAAAGCUCCCCGACCUGAAGGACGCAGAGGCCGUGCAGAAGUUCUUCCUGGAGGAGAUCCAGCUCGGGGAGGAGCUGCUGGCUCAGGGAGACUAUGAGAAAGGUGUGGACCACCUGACCAACGCCAUCGCGGUGUGCGGUCAGCCCCAGCAGCUGCUGCAGGUGCUGCAACAGACUCUGCCUCCGCCCGUCUUCCAGAUGCUGCUCACCAAACUGCCCACCAUCAGCCAGCGUAUUGUGAGUGCACAGAGUCUGAGCGAGGACGAUAUAGAGUAAGGCGAGGGAUCGACAGGAACAACCCGCCCUCCUCCUCCUUCCAUUCUGACCUGCCAACACCUCGGCCUCCAUCACUCCGGCCGACGUCUCUCGCUCCCCCCAUCAAGGCGUCCUAAAGGAAAUUCAUUUUGUAUUCCUGGUUUACCUGCGACAGUAGCGUUUGUUUUUUUACUAAAUGACCCGUAUUAAACGACACAUCCUGCCCGCUUCACGCUUCAGGUUUACAGUCUGACGUGUUUGUUUAUGAUAUCAGAAGGUUACAGGAACAGGAGGCCGCAGAGUAUUUAUUGUUUUGUAAUCGGUCGUCUUUCUGUUUUCGGUUCUCGACCUCGAAACACUUUUUAAAAAGUGAUGAAAUGUUCUGUUCAUCUUAAAGAGGAAAGAAAAAAUAAAAUCAAUAAAAAGUGAACAAACUCUGGAGCUCUGUGAUCUGUGAUUAUUUCAAAUGUUGUGACAGAGCAGACGCGGGUGUUUUCUAGUCUUCUGACUACUCAAAGCUCUUUUACAGUGCAGGUCACACCAGUCUGACUUUUUUCUCCGUGCGCCCCUGAACAGCUUUCAUAGGAAUGACCGGGGCACCACCUUCAAUGCUGUAUCCACUCUGUAAUGCAUGGUACGCGGCGUGCAGGGACUAUGUGUCAGUAAAGGUGACCUCGGCUGUAUCCGAAUUGCCAAGUACCUCUUCAAUCUGUCAGUAGACA